AGGAAGCAACCGGAAGCGGCUCUUGUUGCCACGUCGGGGUUCUUUGGGAUUCUGUUUUAUUCAUUCAGCAGAAAAUAAGGAACAUUUAUCAUUUAUUUGUAGUUUGGUGCUUCCGCCACAGUUAUGGUUUCUGUGAUCAACACGGUGGACACGUCCCACGAGGACAUGGUGCACGACGCUCAGAUGGAUUACUACGGCACGCGGCUCGCCACCUGCUCCUCCGACCGCACCGUGAAGGUCUUCGACGUCAGGAACGGGGGACAGAUCCUGGUGGCCGACCUCCGAGGCCACGAGGGCCCCGUGUGGCAGGUGGCGUGGGCUCACCCGAUGUUCGGCAACGUUCUGGCGUCCUGCUCCUACGACCGCAAAGUGAUCGUGUGGAAGGAGGAGAACGGCUCGUGGGACAAGAUGUUCGAGUACUGCGGCCACGAGUCGUCGGUGAACUCCGUCUGCUGGGGUCCGUACGACUUCGGGCUGAUCCUGGCGUGCGGCAGCUCUGACGGCGCCAUCUCCCUCCUCACGUUCACCGGCGACCAGCAGUGGGACGUCAAGAAGAUCAGCAACGCACACACGAUCGGCUGCAACGCGGUGAGCUGGGCGCCGGCCGUGGCGCCCGGCAGCCUCAUCGACCAGCCGUUGGGUCAGAAGCCGAUCUGCGUGAAGCGCUUUGUGUCCGGAGGCUGUGACAACCUGGUGAAGCUGUGGAAAGAGGAGGACGGCCAGUGGAAGGAGGACCAGAAGCUGGAGGCUCACAGUGAUUGGGUGAGAGACGUCGGCUGGGCUCCGUCAAUCGGCCUCCCCACCAGCACCAUCGCCAGCUGCUCUCAGGACGGACGCGUGUUCAUCUGGACGUGUGACGACCCGGCGGGAAACACCUGGACGGCCAAACUGCUCCACAAGUUCAACGACGUGGUCUGGCACGUCAGCUGGUCCAUCACGGGGAACAUCCUGGCCGUGUCCGGAGGAGACAACAAGGUGACUCUGUGGAAGGAGUCCAUGGACGGCCAGUGGGCGUGUAUCAGUGACGUGAGCAAAGGACAGGGCGCCGUGUCCAGCAUAACGGACACGCAGCAGAGCGAGCAGUGAGCCCCUCCCCCUCCUGCUGGAUGACAUCAUCAUGAGUUCUGUCCAGAGCAUAAAGUUCAUCAAGUUUCCCAUGAUGCUUUGCUCCUGAAACAUUCCACCAGCGAGAACUGAACCGACCGGACCGGGUCCAUGUGAGACUUCCAGUAAAAUAAGUUAAUGAUCGAUUCAGUGAACUAUUGAUCUGUUCACAUACACUCUAAUAACAAUGAGCAGGAAAUUGGAUGUUUUUCAUAUUCGAUGUAAUUAAAUAAAUUUGUUAAACACAAAA